AAUGAAUAAAUUAGUUGUGCAAAUUAUUUGUUGCCUUGAACUUGCACUUUAAAAUGGCCAGCUUUGUCCGUUCCACGCUGUACUUCUUCCUUUUGUUUGCCGUCUCUUUACAAGUUUAUGGUAAACCUCGUGGAAUAAGGGAAAUAGUAGAGACGAGGUGGAACAAGAGGGGACAAGUUGUCUUUCUUGGUGACUCCAUCACUGCGGGAUGGAACGGAAAUGGUCGUCCAACCUUCACCACGUACUACGAGCCACUUGGUACCGUGAACACGGGUGUUUCUGGUGACCGGACAACCACCAUCAUCGACCGAAUCAACAAUCAAGGCAUCAUCAACGACUUGCACGCCUACCUCGCCGUCCUGAAAAUCGGGACAAAUGAUCUCUCUGGCAAUGUCCCAGAACAAACGGUGGCGGACAAUAUUGCCACAAUUCUUGGUCUCAUUAAGAGCAAAAACCCCGGCGUUAGGAUUCUGCUUCUCGGCGUCCUUCCACGAACUGGGGAAGCUAUUCAUACACGAAUUAGGACGGUGAACACGCUAAUUUCCUCGUAUGCAAAUGGGAACGAUGUGUUCUUUUUGAAUAUGGAGGACAAAUUUUCCACCGCAUUGGGGACCGUAAUUCCGGAACUUUUCACGGACGGGUUACACUUGACGGCGGCCGGAUACGUGAAAUGGGCAGAGACGAUGGGACCCCUCUUUGGACAGAUUUUGGCUGGGUCUUACAGCGCAAAAACUGUCUGGCUGGGCGACUCUCUCUCUUCCCAAUGGUCAUCGACCGGUAUGUCCGUGUGGAAUCAGCAUUACGCGGCCCUCCAGUCGCUCAACGUCGCCGUCUCAGGUCACAAGACGAACAACACGCUUGACCUCAUAGAACGAGUCGGUGUCCUGAAUGACCUCAACUCCAAAGUCGCCAUGCUAAUGAUUGGAGGAAAUGAUCUCCAAGAUGGCAUCCAAGCACCCACAAUUAUUACCAACAUUAACCGAAUAAUUGCCCACAUACGGGAGAAAAUACCUCACGGGAGGAUCCUGUUAAUGGGGCUUCUCCCCGCGGGAGGUGUGCCCGACUGGGUCAUCGAAGAAGGAAAACUGGUCAAUGACGCCCUAGCUCUGUUGGAAAAUGGCGACGAUCUCCGCUACAUUGACAUGCGGGCCCAAUUUGCCGAUGAAAAUGAGAAUAUUCAUGAAGAACUGUACCAUGCUGACAGAGUGCAUUUGUCUGUACUGGGGUAUGAAUUGUGGCAGAGGACGAUUGCUGACUUGCUCGCAGAGUUGCUGGAAUUUAGUUAGAGGGGUAAAAUUAAGUGUGAAAUGAUGAGAUUUUAUUGAAAAUAAAUAAUUGUUGGUAAUAAUGAAGA